GGGGGUGGGGGUACUUUUAUUCGCUCAGCCACCCUUGCCAGAUGAUUUCUAUUUCAGUUGCUAAUUAUAAGGGAUUCGUUAAUACAAGUGAUUCUGAAUCACUUUCCAGCGCACGUGUGUGUGUCGCACUCGUUAGGGGGGGUUAAGGCGCUUUACAAAACCCCGGCGGUGCAAAAAAGCGAAGAACAAUAUUCACAGCAAAGGAAGUCGUUUUGGUACAACUUUAACCGUGGUCUCCGUGGAUAGACGCGGACAAACAGAUCACUGUUCAUACGGGAUGGCAGUGGCAUUAGAAGAUUACGAGAUCGUAUUCUGACGCCGUCAUGAAGCCCCACUUUGUCUUCUUCGACUUGGAAACCACGGGACUAGGGCCCAGGUGUGAUAUGGUCCAGCUGGCUGCAGUGAGUGGCGGGCACAGCUUCAACCUCUACAUGGUUCCUCGCUGCAGGAUGCAAAGAGGGGCAUCUGCAGUGACUGGUCUCCGUGUCAGGCGGCGUUGCCUGUACAUGCAUGAGGUCCCCGUUCUCGCAAACACCCACCAGGAGGCGCUGAUGGCUUUCCUCGCCUUCUUGCGGAUGCUGGACCGCCCCCUCCUCAUUGGCCACAACAUCAGGAAGUUUGACUGCCCUGUGCUCUACAGGACCCUAGAGGAGUUCCAGUUGAGCUCCGAAUUCCAGCGUAGCAUCUCUGGCUUCCUAGACACACUUCCCCUGGCCCGAGACCUCCUAGGUGACUGUGGUCUCCAGAGUUACCGGCAGGAGAGCCUGGUGAAGGCCGUCCUGGGUGUCCGCUACGCCGCACAUGAUGCCCUGGAGGAUGUUCGAGCCCUACAAAGGCUGUACUGGGCUCUCCAGCCCACAGCUGAGCAGGCCCUCCGCCACACCUUCACCCUGCCCAUUACGGAGCCGGGAGCAGCCUGCCGAGUGAAGCGGCACUGCAGGCAUCCAGGCCAGUGCCCCCUGUGGUGUUAUUUGAGGCCAAUGGCACAGGCCUCCUCUGAGGCUGUAGGGGGAGACUGAGCUGCAGGGCAGAGAGUGUUUGGUGAGGCUAUUUAAGAAUUUUAAUAUUAAUAUCCAAGGCUAAGCAACAACAAACUGCCGAAGGUGCAGUGGAGAUAUUUGGUUUUUCUUAUUGUGCAACAUGGUAAUGAUCCCUUAAAAAAUGUAAAGCCUUUUUAAGUAAGUUAUAAAUAAUAAACUCGAUUUAGUUACUA